GUUUGCUCGGCUCUCCCCCUCAACAGCUUUUCACCCUUCAACCACACAUGCGCUUUUGCGACACGAAUAGGUUUGGACAAUAUCUUGCGGCGUUGAGCUUAAACUUGAACUUUCCGGAAAGAGUUGGUGUGAACUACUGCACGGUGACGGCGUAUUCGAAUAAAGAACCUGAUGCCACCUGAGCAACGUUGAGGAAACCUAGCCCUUCCGACCUCCACCUCACUGGCUGCAAACACCAUUCGUCCACAAUAGACAUGGAGUCAGGGCAGAAUCCACUCGGUACACUUUCGAUUCUAGCAGUGGAACUGCGCGAGGCCAUCUGGUCAUAUGCACUCACCGACACCACGAUCGUUUACCAUGCAGUUACAGAAACGGUGCCAAUCCCAUUACUCGGUUGUUCCAAAGCGAUUCGUGAGGAAGCCAUAUCCACAAUACUUCGCGAGAGAAGCGUCACGUUCCAGACGCAUGCUGUAUUAUCGGGCUUGCUCACAAACCACAAGAGCCAGCAAACAACAGACACGAUCAAGGAUGCGAUAGCCCCACACAGUCAAGCUAGAUUGCCGAAGAAGAUCAGGUUGAAACUGUUUUCUGAAAAUCAGAAACUGUUCAAACGAAACCAAACCAAUUUCCUGGAGUAUACAGAAGAGGAGCCGAAACUUGCAAGGGAACUUGAUGGUUGGCGGGAAGCGCUUCAGCAAUAUCCCGUUACACAUCUCACGACAAUAAUCAUGGACUGUAAUUCCAGUCCCUCAUACCACGGCGGACCGGGUUAUGCACUUCCGUGUAUGAGCACAUUUGUAAAACGUGUGGCUACGCGAAUUCGCAUGGUGUCAAAGGGAAAAUGCCAAAUUUUACUAGUCGCACCGCCAGGCACCGUGAAGCAGCUUAUCUGGCACGCUGGUACAGCCUCGGUUUUAAGGAGCUGGACGCCAAACGACGACGGGUGGUCUGACAAAAAGAUCCAAGAAGCUCUCGACAAGGAUCCGCCAACACCCCCACGGGGGAGCAGAAAGCGACGACGGACGACGACGACGACGACGACGACGACGACUAGACAUCCAUGAAGAUCAAGUAGUCUUUUGUAAAUACUGUAAGAAUUAUUACGUUUC